AUGCAUCUCUGUUUCAUCGCUCUGCUCUCUGCUACUCUGUUCCUGCACUACCUUGGGAGUGUCGCAGACUUCUCAGCGAGGGCCACCACGUACCUACAGACCUGCAGGCACGACAACGACAACUACGUGUCGCAGACGGCCGAAUCGUCGCUUCUCGUCUGCUCGCGCAACUGUGCCGAUGAUGACAGCUGUGUGGGGUUUAGUACAUGUCCGUCUGGUGACGUAGGAGUCCUAUGCCAGCUCUUUGACAACGCCUCUAACGGAACCUGCGCUGGAGCAAGUCCCGGAUGUACUUACAUGGAAGAAGAGGGUGCGGUAUACAACCCUUGUCAGAAUGGCGGGUCAAACCAGGGGUCACCGGAAACGCCCAGCUGUGACUGCCCCGUAGGCUGGACUGGGAAAUGCUGUGAUCGUUACUAUCGAGAUUGUUUUGAGGCCAGUUCACUUGGCGGUUUUAUCACCGGCUGGAUGACUGUUCAACCUUUGAACUAUCCAGAUCCCUUCGAUAUUUACUGCAACUACGGCUCGACGUUCUUCCUUCGCAGGGGUCGCAAUAUACCUUCAACAUGUCCGCCUCCAUUUAACCCCAAUGGCAGCAUAGAGUAUUUCAAGCAAACCCACGGCAACCCGGGGGACAGUUGUGAUUACUUCCUUGGGCUGGACAAGCUGUCGGCCAUUCUGCUUCAAGGUGAUUACAUCAUGACCACUUUCCUACAGUACCACUUCCCUAACAUGACGGCUCCUGUUUCUUUACACGCAAAGUACGAGCAUUUCACAGUCCAGAAUGAAUCUUCUGGCUUUGUCAUGGACCACGGUCCUUAUAAAAACAUCGCAAAUUUGCCUCUAAAUCCCGAUAAUCGCAAAGGGAAGCAACUGUUCCUGAACGACCGACCUCGACGCUUCUGUACAACGGAUGACAUGAACUGCGCCUGCGCACAGACAAGAGACGCCUCCUGGUGGUACGGAAAUGACUGCCAAUUGGAGUUUCCGUUGACGGCGUCGCCCCGAAAGAAUUUGAAAAUCCCAAUAGAUGAGAUCCUUACGGACCUCUCAUUGGCUGUGAUGACGUUUUAUCCAAAUUAUUACUACUAGUGAGGUUAUGACGAAUAACCUCACAACACUCAUGAAAUAUUAAUUCACGAUGUUAAGAUGGAUAACCUUAUAACUACGUACUCGUGAAAUGUUAAUUAUUAUUUAGUCGUGGUUGCGACAAAUAUUACAUUUUAUUUUAGAAUACCAUAAUAAAGGAGAUCUCAUGGAA